AUGAAGCUCUUCCAGUGAGUCCGACGUCAAAUUCACCCAGAUUUUAGUCUGAUUUCAGCCAUCUUCCCGCUCUUUUCCCUUUUCCAAGUCCAAUCUCUGGAUAGUGAAGCUGUUUCUGGCUUCGAUUUUAACAGGUAUUGUCAUCAUUUUUUGUUUAUUCUUUUUAGUUAUCAUGAUUAUCACGAUUUUGAUUGGUAUAUUACAUCCGUGGCCCGAAGAUAUCCUCAUAUUUCCACAUUGAAGACAAUUGGGACUUCGAGGGAGGGACGCCGGAUUCUCGGACUAAAAGUAAUCCAGAAAUCGGCUUUAUAUUAUACUUAAGAUCGGAUUACCAUCCAAUUUUUCGAAGCCCGCCGUCUGGAUUGAUGGGGGAAAUCAUGCCCGAGAAUGGCCCGCUUUCCAUGUUUGUGUCUUUUUCAUUGACAGAGUAUGUUUACACUGUGACUAUGACCUUUUUUUAGUUGCUCAGUGGUUACGGAAAGAUACCCAAAUUUACGGAAUACAUAAACAAAUUGAAUAUUUACAUAUUCCCCGUUCUGAAUCCAGACGGCUUCAUAUUUUCGAGGACAUCCACCAAGGAUUCUGUAAGUUGAAUUACCCCUUCACCAUCCCUUUUAGGUCAGACAAUGGAGGAAGAACAUGGCCCCGGACAAUUGUACGGGCUACAUCAAUUUCAAAAGAGAGCCCACGUGUUGCAAUGGAGUGGAUCUAAAUCGGAAUUGGGAUGUGGGCUUCAGUCAAGACAACUAUCCCUUCAACAAUCCCUGUUCCGAUGAAUUCCAAGGCCCUUUUCCUUUCAGUGAACCCGAAACAAUGCAAGUUUACGAAGGGAUUGUAACGUUUAAGCCUAUUUUAGAGCGAUGAGGGAUUUCGUUCUGACGAAUGAGAUCAAUGGGAAGGUCAAAGCGAUGGUCAGUCUCCAUACUCAUGGCCAAUUAUUUAUUCUGCCAUAUAAUUUUAAACGAAGGACCUAUCCAGAAGAUUAUGAUGACUUGGAAAAAGUUGCCCUCAGGGCAGCUGCAGCCAUUGCCAGUUACAGAGACACCCAAUACAAAGUAGGAACUGCGGCGGACAUGUUGGGUAAGAAAUUUGUAAUCCAAGAAAGUCUAUUGUUUUAGGACCAGCCACGGGAGGGACCAUCGAUUGGAUUAAGAUGAACACCCUCAUCAAAUACGUCUAUGUCCUCGAAUUGCCUCCGGAGUUGUCGAGUAAGUGUAAAUUAUUCAUUUUAAACUCUUAAAAAAUUUUUGUAUAAAUAACCAUCGCUUCUCCAGCUUGGUUCGCCUUCCAAAUGAAGCCCCAUUGGCUGAUUCCAACGGCCAAAGAGACUUGGCAAGGCGUUGAAGUGAUCAUCAGACAAGUUCUUCGAGAAUUCCCUCAGGCGUAA